AUGGCAGACGAAUCUUUAUCGAAAGCUGGUCUCCACUUCGACGAUUUGAACAAAUUGAGAAUUUUGCAACCCGAAGUUAGUAGUCAGAGUUCGGAAUUGAAUGAAGAGUGCAAGGAUUUCAUCAACAAGCUGUCUCAGUUUCAGUCGAUCACAUCCAACUUCUCAAAAUCUUUAGAAACUAUUGCAAAUGCCGUCAACAAAAAGAAAUUCGAAGCAAUAGGUUCCCGCAAUAAACUGAAAUCAGUCACAAAACUAAAGGAGGCCCAGCAGCAGCAAAUCAAAUCUUUGAUCCUUGAAAGAAAAAUGGAAUUAGAGAGAUUGAAAGAGCAGUAUAGGUCCCUUCAGAAAGUGGAGAAAGAGCAACUUGAAAUGAUUGAGAGAUUAACAUUAAAUCAAUAA